AUGAAGCCAAGCGUUUUAGAGCAAUCUUCAAAAACCCAAGAAAUUUCUUUCAAAAAGAAAUGCCAGCUUCAAUACUCCAAAAUAAAGGCAAGAUCAUUUUUAAUCCGAGAUCUUUACAAAGAGCGAAACCUUCAAGAGAAGCUGAAUGGCGAAAUGAGUGAGAAAAAGCAUCGAGAAGAAAUUAUCAAAAGAUCUAUGAUGAGGUUCAACAAUAGUCCUUUUGCAGUGAAUUAUAUCGCUCAGCAAGAAAUUUCAGAGCAUGAAAGGAUGAUGUAUGAUAAAUUUGGAUAUAGGAGAAAACGAUCUAAACGUUGCCAUAGCAAAUCUAAUUCAUCAAGAGAGAGAAAAAGUGAUUUUGAUAGAUUUAAAAAAUCAAUUAGGGUUGACACUACAGAUGAUGACAAAAGAUCAGACAAUACUUCGCCUUUAGAGCCCUUAUCAAAAUUUGGAGAUGGAUUUUCUGGGAAGAAUAAAAAUCUGAGUGUUUCACUUGAAUCAGGUGCGAAGAAGAAGGUAUGGAGCAAACCUGGGUCAAAAGAAGAACAGUCUCCUGCAAGGGAUACCAUAAAUAGAUUAUUGAGCAAACUAUCAGAUUAA